GCAAACCAUGAACAGACCUCGCGAGGUAUCGGUAGGAUCCAUCGACUCGCAGGUCUCACUCGAGUCAAACGAUUCUAAUCCCGGGGUUCGGCGUAAACGACAGUCCGACUUUGAGCGCAUAUUUGGCUCACAAGUGGGUCAAGAUGUAGAGGUCCUCGCCACCCAGUCAUGCGACUGGCAGUCCAAUAUCCUGCUUCACGGUCGACUCUAUCUCACCCGCACUCAUCUCUGCUUCCGAUCCAACAUCCUAGGCUAUGUCACUGAGCACGUUCAUCCCCUUGCCGAUGUCGUUGCGCUCGAACGCGGGACGACGGCCAAGUGGAUACAAAACGCUGUAUAUGUCAAUAUCAAAGACGAGAGCGAUCCCGAUGGCAUCCACUUUGGCUAUGGCAGUCUCAAGGAUAGGGACGCAAUGUACGAGACGAUCUUUGAGAACUGGAAAGCGGUCGCACCCGAUCGGGUCGAGGCCAUGCAGACGAGACGAAAGGAGGCUGCGUCCAUGAUGGGAUCUAGCGAAUCCAACGAGACGGGCGCCGCCGGCGUCGUGCGAUCAGAAGGCACAGGCGAGUGCUAUGCCGAACUUGCCAUCGAUACGCAGUUUCCGAUUCCCUUGGAGGAGCUGUACAAGCUCUUGUAUCACAAUGACGAGUUUAUUCACGACUUUAUGACGAACGACAAGAAACUGACCGAUGUCAACAUUGAUCCAUGGAAGGACGAGCCGAAGAAGAGGACGAUGAGCUAUGUCAUGCAUAUGAGCGGUAUGGGACCCUCCGAAUCCGAUUGUUACAGCACCGAAACCGUUGCCGUUGCCGAUCCCAAGACGUCCUAUGAGAUUGUCUCUGAGACUCGCACGCCAGGUGUCCCGUCAGGUAAACGCUUUGUCAUUCGCACGCGGACGGUCCUUACCCAUGCUGAAGUCCAUCAUAAACCGGGCUCACGCAUGUACGUCACCACCGAGUGCGACUGGAGCUCUUCAUCGUGGCUCAAGGGCACCAUUACACCGGCAGUGAUCAAGGGUCAGCGAUCCCAUCACGAGCAACUGGCCAAAAAGGUCAAUGAGUGGAUCAAAUCGCACGACAUGGCAGACGUCGUGGUAGAAGUGUCCACACCUGCCUUGACCGAACCGACAGAGACGGCACCGUGGCUUGAUCUGGAGAAACACGUCUCAGAGAUCCUCGGGAACCCAGUCAUGAUAGCGUUGAUCGCUGUCCUUCUUGCGAUUAUCAUUCUGCAGCGGAGUUAGACGAGUUGUAUAUGCAUGAUCAACGUCUCGGCA